UAAGAACCCACAUCCCUCUUCUUCUUCCAUCUUCUUUCUUUCAUAAAAUCUUCAAUCCUUGCCCAAAUCAAGUGAGGUUUUGGUCUAAAUCGACUAAUUUUUCACAAGCUUUGUGAUUGUGAGGAGGAAAUCCAGAGAAAACGCGAUUUUGGGGUCAAAGUGCAAAACCCUAGGUUGAGAUAAUUUGGGGGUUUUGGGAUUUUUAGUUUCACAAGCAUCCUUUCAUCUUGAAACAAGGAAAUGGCAAAGACAAAGGAAAAGCCGGGUUCAAGUUCAUCCUCAUCAAGAGGCAAGGGCAAGGAAAAGGAGCAACCAUCAAAGAAGAGGCAAUAUAUGGGUAGGGUUAGUGAAAGCGAAAGCGAGGAAGAAGAAGAGAUGCAGUUAGACCCAAGUGAUAAACCGGUGUGGAAUUCGGGGUCGUUGGAUGACCAACCCGAAAUCUGGCAGCCAACCCUGUAUAACGACUGCAUGAACAAGUUAAAAAAUAAAGCAGCCGCGUUUAUCUGUGAAAAAGAGGUUGAUGAACCCCAGUUUGGCCAGUUCGGGGUGUUUGAUAAGUUCCGUGCUUUGGGUUGGGAAGGAGCACUCAAGUGUUUUGAUAAAGAUAAGAGCAAUUUGUUUAUGACUGAGAUUCAGGAGUGGAUGGCAACACUUAAAUGUCACAACUUCCACAGGCCAUCACAAAUGAAGUUGGUUGGGAUGGUACAUGGGGUACCAGUUGAAAUGUCAUUCGAUACGUUGAAGAAGUUGGGAAAAUAUGAUAGUCUUCCAGCUAGGGAGUACAUGAUUCCCACGCUUGAUGAUUUAUUGCUCAAACCAGAGAAGCACGUGACAUGGAACAGUAUGUUGGCGGAUUUGUUUUUGCCCGGUAGGUAUGGUGGCGUGUUAUACCGAAAAAAUCUGAAGAUAGAAGCCAAGUUAUUGCAUACGAUCUGUUUGCUUAAUGUCAUCCCAAGAAGAGGGGAUAAAGAACAGGUGAGGUUUCCAGAGAUACCUGUUCUGUAUUCAUUGAUGCAUGGGUCCCCACGCUUUCCAAUACGCUACCUGAUUAUGCAUCAUUUGUGGAUAUGCCGGAACAAAUACGGGAGAGACAUUGUCCCAUACUGUCGCAUCAUAACGGGUUUAAUGAAACAGCAGAAGGCACUCACAUCUGAAGACCGCGGGGCGUUGAAAUUGGGUGCAAGGGAGUUGUUACCGGGAGAACCGGAUGAACCUGAAAGCGAUGAAGAGUUGAUUCCGAGUGGGGAUGAUGAUUACGCAGACGAGCCACAGGGUGGUGCAAAUGUUGGUUUUGGGGUUUUUCAUGGUGGUCAUGGUGGUACGUUCUACGACUACGCGCAGCAACCGUAUGAGCCGGGGUGGGCUUAUAGUGGUUCAAUGCAGGAGGUGAUCGAGAGCCAACGCCCGCCGGCGGCCAUCUUUGAUACUUGGUCGGGUCCGGAGAGGUCGUUAUUUGAUCAAGGCACGCGGAAUAGCGCUAGUAUUGAGCGGGCGCUUAAACAUAGCUUUGACCGCAAUGAAUCAUGGCACCGGACCCACGCAUACUCUCGAGAGGUGGAUGCUAAUAACAGAUAUCAUGAUGAUCAAAUGAGGCGGAUGCAUGCGGAUUGGCAUGCUGGAAGGCCGGUGGUUGAGGAUCCACAACAUGUGGAUUAUGCCUCAUUGCCACCGUAUGAUGGCAGCGUUUCGUAUGCGACCCCACAGCUCCACCAUUCUCAGUGGCUUGAUCCACGACGGCAAGAGGGACCACAACAACAAGAGGGAAGCAGUAGCGGCUCAUUCGGGUUUGGAGAGUGGAACGAUAUGAUGUCGUCCAUCUUUGGGCCCCCAGGACCGCGUUAUUAUUGA